GUUAUACAUACAUCUACAAACAUCAACAACCAUAUUCCAACGUAAAUUGAAUUUUUGUUAGUAUUGAUAUUUAUUCCACAUUACUAAAAAUGAAUGUAGCAGUUGUAAACAGCCACACCGUGACAGAAUUCGUCAACGACGCAACGGAUUUCGACACUUUUGUGAACGAAUGGUUUACCAUGAUAGACACCAAUGGCGACGGAAGCCUCUCGCGAGACCAAGUUCGUGGCGGAUUUGGAAUGUUUAUGCCAUUAGGUUCGUAUUCACAUCCACAAGAAGAGGUUGAUAGUAUGUUGGAGUUAAUAUUCACGAGAUUCGACGAAGAUCAAAACGGAUCACUCGAUUUAAACGAGUUUAAGUCGUUAAUGACGGAGAUUAUGAAUGCGGUUGCUCGUGGAAUUGGUGGUUCGCCUAUUAUUGUUGCUAUUGAAAAAGAUAGCUUGCUUAUGAAGGCUGUUCAAAGAGAAUUGGUAACACAAUCAUGUCCUUCGUGAAUUAUAGUUAUUGUGUCUUUUGUUUAACAUUGAUGUGUUAAUUGAUUUGAGUUAUUUCUUGUACGUUUUAAUUUCUGCUUCUGGCUGUAAAAUACAUUGUAAUAAAACUCUUUUAUUUAUAAUCUUUCUUUAAUUUGUAC